GCAGCGGCAGCGGGGAGCGCAACAGUUAACUGAAACGAGGGAGCAGCAAACAACAACAACAAAGCAACAAUGCAUCAGCCGGCAGCUUGAAGUUGAAGCCAGCCCCACAAUUCCCCAGUACUUGCUCCCGCUCAGCGCUUGGAGAAGAAAGACAAAUUAUUAAUAAUUGCAAAUAGUUGGUUGGAAAAGUUGGAGCUGAUCAACUGAACGCAUACGGUCGGGUAAGAGCCAAGUUGGACGCAAUGGACUGGGCCGAAGGGGAUCUGGUUUGGUUCGAUCCGGGCGUGGGUCAUCCCAUACCCGGUGAGAUUCAGGAGGUGCAUCGCGCAGCGCAAGUGAUUGUCGUUCAGGCCAUGAUCAAGGGCAAGGCACAAACGUUUGCCCUGCAGCCGGGCGAGGGCAGCCUGCGAGCGCGUCAGGAUCUGGGCAGCAGCGGAGUGGAGGACAUGACCCUGCUGGACGAUCUGCACGAGGCGUCGCUGCUAUGGAAUUUGCGAUUGCGCUACGACAAGGGUCUCAUCUAUACGUUCGCGGGCAGCAUACUGAUCGCGGUCAAUCCCUACAAGAUGUUUCCCGACGCCUACGGCCUGGAGGUGGCCAAGCAGUACGCGGGCCGUCCGCUGGGUGCCCUGCCACCGCAUCUGUUUGCCAUUGGAGCGGCGGCGCAUGCCGCCCUGCCCUCGCCCCAGGUGGUCGUCAUAUCGGGCGAAUCGGGCUCCGGCAAGACGGAGUCCACGAAGCUUGUCAUGCAAUAUCUGGCGGCGGUGGUGCCCGGCGGCGGCAGCGCCUCGGCUGUCAUCACGGAGCAAAUAUUGGAGGCGGCGCCGCUGCUCGAGGCGUUCGGCAAUGCACGGACCGCACGCAACGACAACAGCUCCCGGUUCGGCAAGUAUCUGGAGGUGUACUUCAAGAGCGGCGCCAUUGUCGGCGCCAAGAUAACCCAAUAUCUGCUGGAGAAGUCGCGCAUUGUCACCCAGGCGCCCGGCGAGCGCAACUAUCAUGUCUUCUAUGAGAUGCUCGGCGGCCUCAGCGAAUCGGAGCGCGCCAAAUACGGUCUGCUCGAGGCGGACAAGUACUUCUAUCUGAAUCAGGGCGCCACCGACUGUGCCAGUGGUCGGGUCGACUGGGCCUCCCUGCUCAGUGCCAUGCAGGUGCUCGGCGUUACCGAGGGCGAACGCGAGGGCAUUGUCCGUGUGCUGGCGGCUGUGCUGCAUCUGGGCAACGUCUACUUCCAUCGUCGGCAGCUGCGUCACGGCCAGGAGGGCGUCGAGAUCGGCUCCGAUGCCGAAAUCAAAUGGGCCGCCCAUUUGCUGCACAUCAGCGCCGAGGGCAUGCAUCGUGCUCUGACCAGCCGGACGACCGAGGCACGCGCCGAACGCCUGCACACGCCGCUCGGCAUUGACCAGGCGCUGGAUGCCCGCGAUGCCUUCGCCAAGGCCCUGUAUGCGGGCCUCUUCAAUUGGCUCGUCUCGCGCAUCAAUUCGAUUGUGCAGAAGGGCGGCACCCAUGAUGCCCAUCGCAUCAGCAUACUGGACAUCUUUGGCUUCGAGGAUCUGGCCGAGAACAGCUUCGAGCAGCUGUGCAUCAACUAUGCCAAUGAGAACCUGCAGCUGUACUUCAACAAGCAUGUCUUCAAGCUCGAGCAGGCCGAGUAUGCGCGCGAACGCCUCGAGUGGACGCCCCUCGCCUGGGACGACAAUCUGCCAGUGAUCCAUCUGCUGGCCAAGAAACCGGUCGGCAUUUGCCAUCUGCUCGACGACGAGUCCAAUUUUCCGCGUGCCACCGAUCUGAGUUUCCUCGAGAAGUGCCACUAUAAUCAUGCGCUCAGCGAGCUAUAUGCGCGGCCGCGCAUUGGCGCCCAGGAGUUCGGUGUGACCCAUUAUGCCGGUCAGGUGUGGUAUUGUGUGGAUGGCUUUCUGGAUAAGAAUCGCGAUGCGCUGCGCAGCGAUGUGCUCGAACUGCUGGCCACCAGCCGGCUGCCACUGGUCAGCGAGUUGACCAAACAGCUGCGCGCCCAACGCGACGCCGGCAAGACCCUGCCCAAGGGCAGCAACGGACGCUUUGUCACCAUGAAGCCGCGCACACCGACGGUGGCCGCACGCUUUGCGGACUCACUGCAGCAGCUGUUGCAGUCGAUGGGCCGCUGUCAUCCGUGGUUUGUGCGCUGCAUCAAGCCCAAUCAGGAGAAGCAGCCGCUGCGCAUGGACAUGCCCUGUGUGCUGCAGCAGCUACGCUAUCUGGGCAUGCUGGAUACCAUACAGAUACGCCAACGCGGCUAUCCGGUGCGUUUGCGCUUCCAGCAUUUCGUCGAGCGCUAUCGGCAUUUGUUGAGCGCGCCGCUGGCACGGGGCACACCCUAUCGCGAACUGUGCCGCCUGCUGCUGGAGGCAAUGCCGCGCACGGGCGUCGAGGGACCCGACUAUCAGCUGGGCGCCACGCGCGUCUUUCUGCGCGAGGCACUGCAUCGCGCACUCGAGAGCGGACGCACGGAACGUCUGCGCCAGGCUGCCGUCCAUAUACAGCGGCAUGUGCGCGGCAUGCUCGUCCGCCGCCAGCUGGCCCGACGCCAGACGGCGGCCACACGGUUGCAGGCACGCUGGCGCGGCCAACGGCAGCAGCAGCGUUACGAGCAGCUGCGUCGCGGUGUGCGCACCGCCCAGCGGCUGUGGCGCGGCAAGCUGGCGCGACGGCGUGUGCAGCAGCUGCGCUCCGAUCAUCGCCGGCGCCAGGAGGCACGCGAGGCAGCGCAGCGGGCUCGCGAGGCACGCGAGGCCAAACAGGCGGUGCUGGAGCGCAGCCAGCUCAGCUAUCUGGACAUACCCGCCGAGCUGGCGUUCAUCUACUCGAAGCUGCAGGGCUGGCAGCCGCCACACAGCGAUCGUCAUCUGGUCAAGGUGCUGGGUACGGUGCCCGGUCCGCCCGCUGCCAGCGCUCAGCUGCCACCGGAUCUGGCCCAAUUCAGCUUUGGCAAAUUUAGCAGCGUCUAUUGCAACGGGCUGCGGCUGCAGCCGCGUCGUGAACCCAUAACGGCGCCUCUGCUGACACGCGCCGCUUCGCGCGAUCAGGACUUUCAGGAUGCGCUGGCCGUCUUCAAGCUCAUUCUGCGCUGGAGCAACGAUAAGGCGCUGGAGGGCGAGGGCGCCAAGGAGAAGCUGCUAUCCGACUAUAUUGUACACAAGGCGCUCAGCUCGCGCGGCCUGCGCGACGAAAUUCUUGUCCAGCUGUGCAAUCAGCUGCACGGCGCCGAACCGGCGCUGGCCACGCGCCUCUGGCAGCUGCUGGGCCAGUGCCUGUGCUGCUUCCAGCCGAGUCCGGCUUUCAGCAAGUAUCUGCUCAAGUUUGUCACGGACGAGGCGCCGGCGCCGGCCACGCGGCAUUUGUUGCAGCGCCAGCUGCUGCGCCAGCAGAGCAGCUCGUCGGGCGCCGCCGCUUCGUGCCGCAGCUUUGUGCCCGCCUGGCUGGAGUGGCGCGCCUGGGCGCGUGGCUGCGAUAUGGCCCUGCCGCUGACGCUGCCUGAUGAGGCCAGCCAGACAGUGGCUGUGGAUUCGUGGACCAGUUGCGAGGAGGCGGCCGCUUUGGCUGUCUCUACGCUGGGCGUGGCCAGUCGCGGCUGGACCUUGGUGCUGGACGAUGGCCAGCAGCUGACGGACAGCUGCGGUCUGGAUUAUGUCAUGGAUCUGAUUGCCGAGAAGGAAUUGUGCCCCGCCUUUCCGGCGCCGCGCAGCGAUCUGCUGCGCUCCGGUGCCAAGUUUACGCGCACCAGCCUGCCCGAGGCUGUCAAGCGGCCGGGCGUGCCCCCGCCAGCGCCACCCACAAACGCAGCUGCCGCCAGCAAGCGAGAGAGAGAAAGGGAGCGAGAGAGGGAGCGGGAUUUAGAGCCGGAGCCGGCACAGCCGCAACGACGCAGCAGUCGGGAGCUGCUGUCGCGCAGCUCAGCGUUGAACGAGCGCUACUUCGAACGCACUGAGGAGCCCAUCACGCCGCAUCUGCUGCCCGGAGCGCAGUCCAAGUCGCGUUCCAAGUCGCUGGACGAUCUGCUCGCUGGAGACAUGGGCAGCCAGCAAUUACCGUUGCCCGACAGCGAUUCGCAGGAGUCGCCGCUGCACACGCUCGCCUUGGGUCUGUCCGAGAGUAGACUGAACGAUCGCUAUCAUUCGGCGGAGCGGCUGGCGCCGAUGGGCAAGGAGUCGGCGCCGCGCUAUCAGAAGUCGCAGCAUGCCGGACGGCGUUCGCAUGCCGCCUCGCACGGCUCCGCGCACUCGAGUAAAUACAAUAUGGACAAGUCGGAAUAUGCGACACGCUCCUCGGCCAUGUCGGACACCAGCGAGGCGCCCUCACUGGCCUCCCAUGUGCGGCGCGUGCGCGUGCCCUCGCAGGCCUCCGACGUGGAUCAGUUCCUGGACGAUUUAUUUAGCCCCGUGCUAGAUGGCUCACUGGACGAGCUCUCCGAUGCGCGUUCCCUGGCCGCCAGCAUACGAGGAGGCGCCCAAAGAGUUGUUCAAGCUGAGAAUCUGGAUCAGUUUGUGGGUGAACUGUUGCCUUUGGACGAGGCACUCGAUACGCUCGGCUCGCAUCAGCAACUGGUCGUCUGCAUCAAGGGCGGCGGCAGCACGGAGCACAGCCAAGCCGGCGCCGCUGCCGCCGAUCCGCUGCUGCAUCAGCUCAUCCAGCUGCCCGGCGGCGAGUCGGAUGCCGCGCCAGCCGCUCUUUACCAGCAGCAGGUGCAGCGCGCCUUCCUCCAGUCGGCCAUGGCACAGAAUCUACAGAUACAGCAGCAGCUACUCGCCCAGAACCAGGCACUGCAAACCCUGCUCAGCCAGCAGGCCAGCGCCAACAACAACAAUAACAAUGGAAACGGCAGCAAUGGCAGCGGUUCACCGCCGGCUGCUAUUAUUGGCAGCAUCUCGCCGCCGCCGGCUCAGUCGCCGCUGCGCUUGAAGACGACUACCAUGAUGACAACGACGAGGAGCAGCUCUUUGGUGCUGGAGGCAGCGUCUGGCAUGCAGCCACCGGCUCCGCCGCCGCCGCCGCCGAUGCCGCCACCGCUGGAGAGCAAGGAUCCAUCGGAGACGCGCCACUUCCUGGAUCCGUACGGCCGGGCCAAGACAGUGCGCAUUGGCAAAUGGCGCUGGCCGCCGCCGCAGGGCGAGCCGCAGUUCCAAACGGAGGAGGACUUCUUCGCCUUCAAGCUGCGCCAGCAGCAGCGCAAGACGACGCCGCAGGCGCAGCACAGCGCCGGCAGCGCCGCUGCGGCCAUCGAGUGGGAGGAGUUCGAGAUUGAGUCCUGCAAGAGUCCGACGCCGCCCGUGAUGCAGCUCAUGCGCAGCAGCAUGCGCCUGGAGACAAAUGGCGGCGCCGGCCGGGAUGUACAGGAUGCGGCACAGCUCCAGUUCCAGCAGCAGCAGCAGCAGCAGACGACGACCACGACAACGACCACAAUAACGGCCACAAAGCUGGCUAAGAAGAGCUUCGAAAUUGGCGCCGAUCGACCGCCGCCGGGCAGCGUCGGCAAGCUGAAGCUCAGCUCGGAGAUGCGCCAACGUCUCGAGCAGGUGACCGCCGGGCAUUCGGUGCGCUCCACCGUAUCCAACAAGUCGGAGCAGCGUGCGCCUGCCAAGCUGGAGGAUACGCGCAAGCUGAUGCUACAGCAGCAGCUGGGCGGGCUCUUUGCCAGCGCCAAUGCGCCGGCAGUCGAGUCGCACGGUGCCACAGUUCGCACCCAGAUCGAGCGCAUGGAGGGCAAAUUAUCGCCGCCGCCGGCGCCAACUGGCAGCGCCUGGCCGGGCGUGUUGCUGCCGCCGGCGCCCAAUGUGCCGGCGCCGCCGCCGCCUAUACGGCCGCCCAGCAUGGCGCCGCCCGCACCGCCGCCAGCGCCACAGAGUCCACCGGCGCAGCAGCAGCAGCACGGAUCACCCGAUGCCGAAGAGCCAGAGCCGGACUAUCGCAAGGAGCACGUGCCGGCCUUUAUACAGCGCCAAGAGCGCGACACCUUUGGUGCAGUGCGUCAGAUGCACCAUCUCCAGCAACAGCAGCAGCAGUCGCUGCACCAUCAACACCAUCUCCAGCAGCAGCAACAGCAGCAGCAUUCGCUGCACCACCAGCAGGAGCAGCACCUGGCCGCCGCUGCCGCCUGGGAGCAGGAGCUGCAAACGGAACGGGAGCGCUCACGCAGUCGUAGUCGUUCGCGGGAUCGGGAGGAUUACUCGGAAUCGGUGUGGGAUCGCGCCGAGGUCGAGGGCCCCGCCUCGGGCAGCGGCAGCGAGAAGGAGCGCGAGAAGCGCGAACGCGAACGUGAGCGUCUCUACGAGCUGCGCCAGGUGGAGCGCGAGAAGGAGAGCCACAAGGUCUACCAGCCGGCGCCGCCGCGCGUCAUACAGGCCAGCAUGGACACCACAGGCAGCAAGCUGAGCCGCGAAAGGGAAAGAGAUAGGGAACGAGAAAGGGAACGAGAAAGGGAACGUGAAAGGGAACGAGAAAGAGAUCGAGAGCGGGAUCGGGAACGUGAACGGGAUCGAGAUGCGCUGGCCUCCACGCCUGCCACGUUCCGCACGCACAUGGCCCAGAAAUAUGAGCACGAGCGCAAGCGCAAGAGCUCCGCCAGCUCGGCGGGUAUGCGUGAGGAUCUGCUGGACUCGAGCAUGUCGGCCGUAGUGGUGCCGGCACCGGUACCGCCGCCCGUUACGCCCACAUCCGCGUCGUCGGUGGCGGCAACGGCAGCCGCCGUGACGAGCAGCUCGGCGGCUGCGACGGGCGCCAGCGCCGUCGGUUCGAGCGCCUGCCUCACCUACAAUCGGGUGCCAUGGAAGCUGCGCGUACGCAAGGAGGUGUUCCAGCCGCACGAGCCCAUUGGUCCGCCCGUGGCGCUGGAUCUGCUCUUCGCCCAGGUGCUCAGCGAUGUGUUCGGUGUGACGCCAUGUCUGCGCAUCACGCCGCAGGAGAAGAAUGCCGCACUGAAUAUGCUCCAUGGCCAUGGCGUCAGCGUGGAUACGUUGGCUGCCCGCGGGCAGCAGGUGCGCGCUUUGGUCAAACGUCAUCUGGUGGACAUGGCCCGUGACUGGCCUCUGUACUUUGCCCGUCUGUUUGCGGUACAGGGCGCUCCGCUCUAUCCGGAUGUCUCCAUCAUGGGCGUCUCCCAUAGCGGCCUCUAUUUGGCACGGCGCGACGCCGACUAUCUGAUCGUUGUCCAGGCCAUAUCCUUUGCCGAAAUCCAGAACGCCGUCACCCUGCCUCGGCCCGCCGCCCUCCAGCUCAAUCUGCGCAACGGCAAGCAUCUGGCGCUACAUGCCACACGCGCCGCCGCCAUCCAAACGAUGAUCACCGCCUUUGUCCAGGAGUACCGCAAGUCGCAAUCGAAGGCAUCGACGCUGUCGUCGGGCGCACGCGCCGCCGCCCAAACGCUGAACGUGCCGCUGGAGCGUCUGGAGUCGCGCCAGGCGCAUGUCCAGCGCCAGGAGCACGCCCAUUCCAAUGGCAACCAGGAGGAGCAGCAGCAGCAGCAACAUCAACAUCAACAGCAACAGCAACAGCAGCAGCAGCAGCAAGUGGAGCUGCAUCAUCAGCAGCAGCAGCAGCAGCUGGAGGAUGCUGCCGAGGAGCAGCAGCUGGCGGAUCAACAGCGUUAUAUGAAGCAGCAGAGCUAUCUGCACUCGGCACGCAAAUCGAAUGCCGGCCAGCAGCCCAGCUCCCUGACCAAUGGCCACCAGCAGCAGCAACAACAGCAACAACAGCAGCAACAGCAACAGCAGCAGCAACAGCAGACGGCGCAUCAUGACUUGGACGGCAACUAUAUGCUGCAGGAUGAGCUAAAUGGCAGCGGAACGCCGCCAUCUGUGACCAAGUACUCGCUGCUGCAGUUCGCCAUGCAGCAUUUCCGCAAUGAUCAACUGCGCGAUGCGGAUCGGCAUCACGAGCGGCAUCAGUCGUCGGCUGCCAAUCGCUCCUAUGCGGAGCUGGUCAAGUGGCAGGGCCAUGCCAUACGCUUGCCCCUGCUGCGUCUGCCCAAUGAUUUGGCCCCGUUGGCGCUCGAGUGUUUCGAUUGCAUACUGCGCUACUGCGGCGACAUACCGCUCGAUCCGGAGCUGACCGAGGUCAAGUGCGUCUACACCGUCUUAAUGCAUUGUCACAAGUAUCUGGCGCUGCGUGAUGAGGUCUACUGCCAGCUGAUGAAGCAGACGACGGCGAAUCGUUCGCCCUGUCCGGACAGCUCGCAGCGUGCGUGGCGUCUGCUCAGCAUAUUGGCCGCCUAUUUUGGCUGCUCGGACGCACUGCGUCCGUAUCUGAUGGAGCAUCUGACAUCGGCCGCCUCGGAUCGCCGUCGCUCGUGCCAUGGCACCGCCGCCGUUUGCCUAACGAAUCUCCGGAAAACGGCGCGCUGCGGCGGACGCAAGAAUGUGCCCAGCGUUGAGGAGGUGACGGCCGUCUCGGCGGGUCGUUCGGCCCGUCGCCAGAUCUAUAGGCUGCCUGGCGGUGCGGAGCGUGUGGUCAACACGCGCUGCUCCACGGUGGUAGCCGAUGUCAUUGCCGAGCUGUGCGCCCUGCUCGGCGUCGAAUCGGAGGCCGAGCAGCAGGAGUUCUCGCUUUACUGUAUCGUGCAGGGCGACGCCUUCACCAUGCCGCUGGCCGCCGACGAGUACAUCCUGGACGUGACUACGGAGCUGCUCAAGUCCGGACAGCCAUUCUAUUUGAUAUUCUGCCGUUCCGUCUGGCACUUUGCGCUCAAGCGCGAACCGGCGCCAAUGCCGCUGUACGUGGAGGUGCUCUUCAAUCAGGUGGCGCCCGAUUAUCUGGAGGGUCUGCUCCUGGAGCUGCCCGGCAAUGGUGUGCCCAUGCCGGAAAUGGUCCGGGAUAUGGCACGCAUCGCUGCCCUGCUGCAUCGGGCCGCCGAUCUGAGCCAUGUGCCGGCCAUGAAGGAGAUCAAAUUUUUGCUGCCCAAGCCGGCGCUGGGCAUACGCGAGAUACGACCCGCCCAGUGGGUGGGCCUGGUGCAGUCGGCGUGGCCGCAGGUGGCCGGUCUGAGUCCGGGCCAGGUGAAGGCUCAAUUCUUGAACGUGCUGGCCGCCUGGCCCCUGUUCGGCAGCAGUUUCUUUGCGGUGAAACGCAUCUGGGCCGAGGAGGGGCCGCACGUGGAGGACAAUCACAGUCCCAUGUGGCGGGAUCUGAUAUUGGCCUUGAAUAGACGCGGAGUGCUAUUCUUGGAUCCAAACACACACGAAACACUGCAGCACUGGAGCUUCAUGGAGGUCAUCUCCACGCGCAAGGUGCGCUCCGAGGAUGGCGCCCUCUUCCUGGACAUGAAGGUGGGCAAUCUAAUGCAGCAGCGCGUCAUACGCGUCCAGACGGAGCAGGCGCACGAGAUCUCGCGCCUGGUGCGCCAAUAUAUCACCAUGGCCCAGAUCAGUCAGCGCGACAAGCGGGAGCUAAACUAGGUGCAACGAAUCUUACGCAUAUGUUUAUAAUUAUUAUUAUAACUAUUAUUAUUAUUAUGAUAUUCCCCACACUUUAUUUUUUUGUGUCGUUUUUUAAGUCCUUAUACUUACACCUGUGCCUAAGCCCAAACGGAGGCGCAGGAUCUUUCCUAAUACCCAGCCUCCUUCUCCCACACUUUGUCGGCCAUAUUCCAAUUAUUUGCCCUCUCCAUAUAGAUGCCUAUACGCUGGCAUUAUAUCUGAACAAUUUGUGUCCUAAUUUUAAGCAACAAUGUGCAAUCACAAUCCGAGUAUUUGGCCCCAGCCUUGUUCAUUCCAUUCCCGCUCUGAAUUAUAUUCCCUCUGCUAAUCUUAAGCGAAUCUUAAAUAUAUAUAAACAAUUUUUUUUUUUGACAAUUUGUUAAACGAAAUUCGUUGCAGUUGUUUGUGUGUUUAGUCUAAAUUACCGUAAAUAAAUUUCA